CCUUGCUUCUUUCUUCUCCUCCUUUGCGUUAUUACGCAUCAUCUUCUUAAAUAGAGGAGAGGAGAGGUGGGUAGGACAGGUUAGGUUUGGUUGAGGUUCUCCCUGACAAGAUCUUCUUGAUUUCGUUCUUAAAUUAUGUGCUCCCAUUUCCGAAUUUUGGUUCGGCUACCCGGAUGUCGAUAUCUGUUUCCCGAUUCUUUAGGGAGAAGGAAGGAACGUGGGCGACAUUGUCGGCGGUGGUUGAACAACGAGCCUUCGAAAGGGAUACGACCAUAUAUUGCAAUUUCUGGAAUGGGAUCCUUCCUUUUGGCUACAACAUUCGUUGAUUAGAUUAGAUUUCUGCUACUCCAUAGUUUUCCCUACUUUUCCGACACGUGUAGGUCGCUGCAGAACAAGUUAGUCUCUUCUCCUAGUUUCGAGAACAGCGCCAUCUUUCCCUUGCACCAUUUGACCCCCAUGCUCGCACAUUUGAGGUAUAUUUGCUAUGUUGGUCUCAGGGGUGUUGCUCUGCUGCAACAAUGACCCCAGAUUGUACUAUAUCAGCACAUGGUGGAUUCCUCCACAUAGUCGGGAGACGGCUUGUCGGUCAUGAUUAUGGGUUUGCCUAUCCACUCCAUGGAUUCAAGAUGCUGCCAAAUUAUGAUGCCUUGUUAAUUGAAGGUGAAAAACAAUCUGACGCCUCAACUACUUUUUCAUUUGACAAAGUCAUCCAUUAUCUCGAGUCUCUCGGAGCAAUUCUACAUCAACUAGAUCGUAGCAUUAUGAGGGAUAUAUGUGGGAGAUGGCAUGGUCAUCCACUUCACAAGAGCAGCAGGUGAGGAGAUUGGCACAGGAACUGUCCUAGACAGAAUUCUUUUCAGCUCUUCUCCAUCUAAUUUGGGAACUGCCUGUGAGAGAUGUGGUGAUCAGAGCAAUCUGCAUGGAGUAAUAAUGUCCUGCCUUGAUUGCUUCCUUGCUGAAGGCAAUCUCUACUUUUUCCACUACUCUGUCUCCCCAGCUUUCUUCAUUGCCAAAGCUCGAGGUGGGACCUGCACACUGGCUGCUUCAGACCCACCUGAUGCUGUCCUUCAUCGUGCCAAAUAUCUACUCAAUAAUGGAUUUGGCAUGUAUAGUAUAUUCAAGAACAACUGUGAGGACUUUGCAAUAUACUGCAAGACAGGUCUGCUCAUAGUGACCUCUUUCAGUGUGGGACGAAGUGGACAGUUGACAUCUUUGACAGCUGCGAUCACGGCGAUAGCCUCUUCUCCUCUUCGUUUCUUGACUACUAGCGCUAGUGGGUUGGUGGUGGUAGCUAGUGGUAUGUACUGCAUUGGCCGGUUUGUAUCUGAUAUUGGAGUUCGCAGGGAUGUUGUUAAGAUUCCUGUCGAGAGGCUAGUUUCAGAGUCAAGCAUGGUUGAGCCUGAAUCAGCACCAGAGACUGUAGCUGGAAACACACACUCAAAUAGUCAUCCAGAGUCUAGCACGGUUGAGCCUGAAUCAGCACCAGAGACUGUAGCUGGAAACACACACUCAAAUAGUCAUUCUGUUGAACAAGUUGAAGGUUAAUUUUGAGGGCCUUAUUCACUGGGAAAUUAUGUUAUCUAAUAUAAGCAUUUCAUUGUUGUGAAGACAGGUCAUCAGUGUAUGAUAUAUCUCAUACAUUUUGAUGUAUAAUGUUUAUUUUGUGUGGAAAAGAAUAAAGUUGGGCUUCGAUUUUAAUUUGCA